CAUUCCUCUUAGCAGUCAUUGGCAUUAAAUGGCUGCUGCCUUUUGUUCUUUUGUCCUCGCCAGAGAACAAACGCAGCAGAUGAAAUCAAAAGCAAAUCAGCACAAGAGAAGGGAUAGUGUGGUCCACUCGUUCUCCUCCUCCUCCUCCUUCCUCCCUCUGUACUUUCACUCCCACAUAUCAGUCUGUUCUAUUUGUGUUUGAUAUAAAGCUCACAUUGCCUCACCCUUUCAAGCCCCCUCGUGAGCUUCUGCCCCUUUUCCACCAUCAUCUCUUUUCAGAACAGAAUCGAGAGAGACAGAGGGAUUGUUGGGGGGGAGAGAGAGCUUCUCGCGAGCUCUUGCCCUCAGACAUCAUGAGCCCCUGCCGCAAGUUCUUGUCAUGCACUGUACUUAUCGUUCUUAUCAUUAUGUCUUGCCUUUACAUCAGACACCCAGGUUCGAGUGUGCUCCUGAGUUCGUCGCAGAGUCGAUAUGUGAACGACACAAGGGCAAUGGUGAAUAGACCAGAAAAGGAAAUUCUCGGCCAUAGAAAGCUUUUAUUUUAUGGGUCGUGCUCGAACAGGGACAUAAGCAUAUCACAGAGCAGGGACUCGAUGACUUCGGGGAUUCCUCAGUACAUAGUCCAGAUAGUGAACACUUGCAUCAACUCGGGGUGCGCUCCCUCGAACAUCCACGUCCACUGCGGAUGGUUUGCCUCAGCGAGGAUAGUCAAUCCCCGAGCCUUCAAGCGGCUGUCCUACGACGAUUGCCUGGUGAACGCCGGGAAGCCGUUAAAGGGGAGCCAGAUAGUCAGGUUCACAUACUCCAACUCCUUCAUGUACCCCCUCGCUUUCAAGUCCGCCAACUUCUGCUGAUCCCACGGGAUGCUUCUUCACCGUGUAAUGUGUAUCUAUAUCGAUGUGAAGCCAUUGGACGUUUGGGUGGAGUCCCGCAUGAUCGAGUGGUGGGUCGUACAUGAUUCGACGAUGAAUGCUGCUUUCUACUCUUACCUUAGCGAUUUUGUUUUAGCUUUUUUGCACGAAAUCAUGUGAUACCCACCCUUUUGUGAUGUCUGGAUCUUAUGGCGUCCCGGUUUAAUUGACCCAGCCGGUAAAGUCAGUCUAUACUACGAAAUAUUUAGGAGCAA